UACCCUGUGGCUCGCUGCGAUUGUCCCGCGAAGACAUGGCGGCCUUGGCCUGGAAGUUUUUGAGAGAGUCAAAAAGCAACAAAGAAGCAAAAAGUCAAAAGUGCCAAAAGUGCUUACAAAUUGGCCAUUGGACAUAUGAAUGUAAAAAUGACAGAAAAUAUGUUUAUCGUCCAUCAAGAACACGAAUUCUGAAGGACAAGGAAAAGGAUCCCAAACCUACAGAGGAAAAGGAAGAUGCGACAGAAAGUGAAAAGAAGAUAGUUUCAUCUUCAGAAGAAGAGGCUCCAUCAGAUGGCUCUUCAGACUCGUCUUCUGACUCAUCAGAUUCAGAAACUACCAGCACAUCCUCCUCAUCUUCAUCAUCUUCAAGCUCCUCAGAUUCAUCGUCAAGUGAAGAAACAGAUGAAGAGCCAAAAACAAAACGAAGUAAAAGAUAUAAAAGUACAAAGUUGAAGCACUGAAAGAUCCCAGGAAACUUUCACAAAGGCUGUCUCCAUUUCCUGGAACUAAGCUUUUUAUAAAUAAGGAAUUGUUUCAACCAAUGCUAAUUUAAAAUGCCUUCCUUUAAGACUAAGAACACAGACACCAAUGUGAUUGUUAGCAGGGUGAUACAACUCUUCUAUGUUACAUAAACAAAUUUAAAUAUUGAAUGAGCGAUAACUGUUACUGGGAGGCCCACUGAUCAUUAAGGAGCUUAGAUUUCCAUAAUUAUUGAUAAUGAUAAAGAUAAAUAAUGCAUUUACAUGUUUUUUGCAUCAAGUCUUCUUUUAAUACCAAUGGCAUUCUCUUAUAGAUUUCUUACUUUUCUGUAACUGUAUAUAUUUGAUAUCACAAAAUUCAUGGCUGUGGUUUAAUAAUAUAAGACCCUAAAUACAUUCUAAUGUUUGUAUAUACAGUGUGUAAGUGUAUGAAUUGGGUAGCUCCAUUUUAUUAAAAUAGCUGAUAUGAGGCAAGCAUAUAAAGUUGCAUUAUAUUUUCAUCACAGUUUUGUAAAUUUGCUAAGAAUAUUUCAUCUCGCAUGAUAUUUUUGCUGUUCACAAUUAUAUUAUUUGCUGUUCACAAUUGAAGUAUAUAAAAAAUUCAUGUCUUGUUUUAACCU